AGCUAUCAGUAGUAUAAAUUGCUCAAGGCAGAUCAGAUCGAAGGAAGCGUACAGCAUCGAUCAAUCCAUUAGUAGUUUAGUUUAUUUAACCUUAACAGAUUAGAGUCAAAGUAGUGCGAUGGCAUCACUUAAGUUAGUGUGUAGUGUACUGUGCGUGUUGGUCGCCGUUCAGACAGCUUCCACCGACGAUGGCACAGUGCGUGCCCUGCGAAAAGUGUACUCUCUCUGCGAAGACAGUGACGAACUGCUCAAGUGCAUCAAGGUCCAGGCGCUGAAACUGACGGACCGUGCUAUCAAACUGCCAAGCAUCAAACUGGUAGAUGGUAUGUCGAUCGUGAAGAAGGCCGAAGGUGAAAACCAGCAGCGAGCCCUGAACGAACCCUCGCUAAACGAACUCGAACUGAACAAGCUAUCCUCGGCCAAGAUCGAUGAACUGCUGUACCAACGUGCUGCCCGUUUCAUGGAUUCUCACCAGCUGUCGCUCAACGUGCCACGUAUGCUCGUCUCCGGCCAGCAGGAAACUGGACGUUUGGUCGAGGAAGGUCGCAAGAAGAUGAAGAAGUACCUCGGACCAUUCCUCGCAGCAAUGGCUAUCAAGGGAGGUAUCCUGACCAUGGUGUACCACUCCAUCGCUAUCGUUGCUGGUAAGGCCUUGAUCAUUGGUAAGAUUGCUCUGGUCAUCUCCGCCAUCAUCGGUCUGAAGAAGCUGGUCACCCCAGAAGGACACGAAAAGACCACCUACGAAAUCGUGAAGCACCCACAUGUACAGCAGAGCCAUACCUACUCGUCGAACCAUGGUGAAUUCGACACCCACGAGUCCGGCCAGUUCCAUCGUAGCUUCGGAAACUCCAUCAGCGACGAUAUGCAGAUGCAGGACCGCGCCUACCGAGCCCAUGUCCCAAAGAACUAAACCUCCGUGCUCGCCAAGGCACACACCACCCCGACCCCAAAAAACCCCAAAACCCCCGUGCUCCAAUCGGUCAUUAGGAUUAUCACGAGACGAAACCCCCCUCCUCAAGCCGAGAACAUUAGAAUAGAACAAACCAUCUGAGGAGUCCUUUCCGAGGGACUCCUCGACGUGCGCGCACUUCGAGAUCUCGUCGAUCGAAAUAACCACACUUCAAGAAUGCAGAAGAUAUUGGAAGCUUGCAGCCAGCAAACAGUCCAACGCGGUUGAGCACCCAGAAUGGUGGAUCGCAACCAAGAGAAUAAAUAUCCUCAAUAUGCCACGGUUCGAUCCAUUCCCCCAUUCCGGACGGCUCAGCUGCUUUGUAGUGUUAACUUGUAUUUAUUAUUUAUUGUAAUUGUAAUUAAUUUAUUGACUUAUUUCCAUGGACCAAAGCAGAAUGCAAAAAAGCGAAACCAAAAUUACAGCAAUUAAUCUCUAAGUCUCAGAACCUUUGGAGUUGUACCUUUGUCGAAGAGAAGAGUUCCUCUGAGCGAACGUAAAAAUAAACACUGUGAAAACUGUAAAUUCUUUGUCUAAUAAAGGAAAACCCUGAAUCCAUGCAUGUGAAAGCAUGUUGAACAAUGCAAAUAAAGUACGGUUUAAUUGGUUU